CCACCCACUACAAUAAUCCAGUUCUCAACUCUAACAUAGCAUACACUACACACUUACUCGAUCAGCAAUUCAACUAGUGUAAUUCUUUUGAGAAAGGACAUGCUGUGAGACAACACGGUAGGGAGUCUGUGUGGCGGCCAUCAGCUCUAGAAUGUCAAACAUUUAUACAAUAAGAGAUAUUCUCUGUGGUCAGUGGUCAUCUAGUGAAAGACUAGAUGGCAAAACAGUUAUCAUUACUGGAGCCAAUGCUGGCAUUGGCAAAGAGACAGCACUGGACCUGGCAAAGAGAGGGGGCAGGAUAAUCUUGGCCUGCAGAGACUUGGGCAGAGCUGAGGCGGCACAGAGAGAGAUCAUUGAGAACUCUGGAAACCCCAACAUUGUGACCAGAAAGAUGGAUUUGUCCGACACAAAGUCCAUUCGAGAAUUUGCAGAGUUAAUCAACAGGGAGGAGAAACAAGUGAACAUUCUUAUCAACAAUGCUGGGAUCAUGAUGUGUCCAUACUCUAAGACCGCAGAUGGCUUUGAGAUGCAGUUUGGAGUGAACCAUUUGGGUCACUUCCUGCUCACCUUCCUGCUGAUUGAUCUGAUAAAGAGAUCCAGACCAGCCAGAAUCAUCAACCUGUCCUCCAUGGCUCACAAAUGGGGUAGGAUCCAGCUAGAGGACAUCAACAGUGAGAGGAUCUACCACUCCAGAAGAGCAUAUGGACAAAGCAAAUUAGCCAACAUCCUGAGUAUACGGUCCCUGGCUAAGAGACUAAAGGACACUGGAGUGACAGUUUAUGCAGUCCACCCAGGUAUAGUGAGGACUGAGCUAAAGAGACACAUGAAUUUAGCCCUGCUGAUAUCCUGGAAGAUUGUCAGACCUUUCACCAAAACUAUUGUACAAGGUGCCCAGACCUCCAUCUACUGUGCUGUGGAGCCAGAGCUGGAGACAGAGAGCGGUGGAUAUUACAGUGACUGUAAACCCUCCAGCUGUACCAGGGCUGCCAGGGAUGAUGAGAUGGCUCAGAAACUAUGGGAACUCAGCUGCCAAAUGCUUGGGAUAACAUGGGACUGAACAUCAUCCUUGAAUAUCAUUAUAGAUAGGCUAGAAUAUGUCAAUUGUUUGAAAAGUGCUUGCCUUGAAUUCUUACACAGUAGGUUAUACUAUGGUAUCUAUAGUUAUACUAUUGUUAUGCUAUGCAUACUAUGAAUAUGAAUGCUGUAUACGCAGAGCUUGACUUGGGAUGAAAUUGGUCCAUUAGACUAUGUUCACAGAAAUUCCCAAAUGGCAUUAGCCUAUGCUAUAGAGACCUGAUGAUUCAGUGUUAAGGGUUCAUACUCAGUUUGACAGAUGGAAUUUCAUGACUUUUCCGUUACUUUUAACAAAAUUACCAUGACCAAUAAUUGCUGGUAUCUCUAUGUAGCCUACAUGAGCAUUUGGACAGAGCAAAUUAGCCAACAUUCUCCAUCUGGAAAGCAACUGGGUGUGCAGGCUUUUGAUCCAGCCCUGAAACACACUCGCGUCUGCUUAUCAAGGUCCUGUUGAGCAGCUGAUGUUUAGGCUACAAUCCCACUGGACACAGACGUCAAUUCAAUAUCUGUUCAACAUCAUUUUAUUGAAAUGACGUGGAAACAACGUUGAUUCAAGUGUGUGCCCAGUGGGAAUGUGGUGUGUUAGAGUGGGGCUCGAACAAAAGCCUGCACAAGACAUUAACCUAUACAAGAUCGGUGCCCCCCCCAGGACGGUUGAGCUAACGUGCACUAAUGUGAUUAGUAUGACGUUGUAAGUAACAAGAACAUUUCCCAGGACAUAGACAUAUCUGAUAUGGGCAGAAAGCUUAAAUUUGUGUUAAUAUAACUGCACUGUCCAAUUUACAGUAGCUAUUACAGUGAAAUAAUACCAUGCUAUUGUUUGAGGAGAGUGCACAGUUAUGUCUUUGAAAAUGUAUCAAUAAACUAAUUAGGCACGUUUGGGCAAACUUGAUACAACAUUUUGAACCGUAAUGCAAUGGUUCAUUGGAUCAGUCUAAAACGUUGCACAUACAAUGCUGCCAUCUAGUGGCCAAAAUCUAAAUUGUACCUAAACUGGAAUAAUACAUUGUGGCCUUUCUCUUGCGUUUGAAAUUGAUGGAACAAAAAAACAAAUGUUUUUUUCUUUGUAUUAUCUUUUGUGUUAUAUUCUCCUAUAUUCAUUACAGUAGCUAUCACAUUUCCACAAACUUCAAAGUAUUUCCUUUCAAAUGGUAUCAAGAAUAUGCCUAUCCUUGCUUCAGGUCCUGAGCUACAGGCAGUUAGAUUUGGGUAUGUCAUUUUAUGCGAAAAUUGAAAAAAGGGUCCGAUCCUUUUUUAAGCCUUGAAACAUUUGAGACAUGAGCUGUGUUCAAAUACCCAUACUAACAUACUGUAUACUACAUACUUAAUUAUACUAUUGGUUCAUUUUAGUAUACUGUAAACGAACAGUAUCCUUUCAGUUGAGCGUACUAGAGCUACGCCUGUCUACCUGAAGUUGAUGCUGUUGCUUUGCAACCUCUUGUUAGAAUAACAAAUUACUAGGUAGAUACUUUAUGACUUCGGGUGUGUUCGUAAAUUCAGUCUGGAGUGCCAAUGUGUCCCUUUGUUCAGGGACACAUUAUUCCAUUUGUUAGU